AUGUCGGAGAUGAUGGAUGGCGGUGGUGGUGGUCGUGCGAUCUCCCUCUCUACAUCGAACGGUGCCGGAAGUGGAGAAGAUGAUACGGAGUCACUUUAUGGGCUUAAACAAGCUCAAAGAAAGUGGAAUGAAAAGUUAACGUCUGUUUUGGUUGAUACGGGAUUUGUACAAAGUAUAUGUGACCAUUCUAUGUAUAUUUUGUGUAAAGAAGAUGUUUUCUUGGUAUUAUUGGUUUAUGUAGACGAUAUUGUGAUUACUGGAAAUAAUGAGUCUGAAAUAGAAAAAGUUAAAAGAAAGUAUUGUCUUGAGUUGUUGAAUGAAUUUGGGUAUUUGGGUUGUAAACCUGUUGGAACUCCGAUUGAGCAAAGUCAUCUUGUUACAAAUAAAACUAGUGAAGAACAUAAACUUCUUGAAAAUGUUAACGGUUUUCAAAAACUGAUAGGAAAACUGAUAUAUUUGUCUUUGACUAGACCCGAUAUAAGUUAUGCGGUUCAAUUUUUAAGUCAAUUUAUGCAUAAACCAUGUCAGUCACAUCUGGAUAUUGCUUUGAAACUGUUAAGGUACUUGAAGCAGUCUCCAGGUAGCGGUGUUAUGUUUAGGAAAACUGAUGGUUUUGUACUAAUAGGAUAUGUUGAUUCUGAUUGGGCUAAAUGCACUAUGACUAGAAAAUCUGUUACAGGAUUUGGUGUAUUUCUAGGGAAUACACUGAUAUCCUGGAAAAGCAAAAAACAGAAUGUUGUGUCAAGGUCCACAGCGGAGGCUGAAUACAGGGCAAUGUGUUCAGCCACCUGUGAAGUGAUGUGGGUUUUACAUGUUUUGUAA